UAAAUCUCCAUGUUGUUUCUGUUCUGUGUCCCUGUGGGCUUCUGGCUUUGCACUGUGUUAAACAAGAUUAUGGGAUGGACGGGAUGGGAUGUAAGAGCUUUCCCAGCCCAACCGCGACAAGAGCAUAACGCAUACUAUUUGUCGGCUCGGAUGCAGCAGCAUCCUCUCAAAAGCACUGCUUCAGCACAGUCGGUCAGACCGCCUCAACCCCGCCGAGGAUGCUGUAGGAUGCUGCCGGUUCAGAGGAUUCAGCCCAGCAGCCCGAGUCGAGCGCUUUCUGCUGAAAUAAGUAUAUUACCUAAAUGAACCCCACUGUGAUUUAGACCGGGAUCGGUACCAGAAAGAGAGAGGGGGGUAAAAAAAAAAAAAACAAAAAAAAAAACUACAAACUCUCAUCGGCUGCCUCAUUUUCAACUUGACAUCCAAGCAUGGGAGACGUCGGCACGGAUGCGUCUCGUUUUAGAAGUUGGACAGCCAAAACAUUUUUAAUGCCAUGACUCUUGACUUUGGACGAGAUUUCCAGCGCAGUGCAGACGGCGUGCAGCAUUUCACAAACGAGAAGGUGCAGCAUUUUAGAAACCGAAAGGUGGACUUUUCCUUCUGUCCAGAUGAUGCGUCUGUGGAGGGUGUUAUCUGAUCAACAUGUGGCACUCAGCCUGAAUAAUAGACACCUUUAGUCCACCUGAGGCAUGGAGGGAUAUUGAUUCCUAAAAGAACCCCCGUGGGUGCUACUUAUUAUUCAGAGUAAUGAAAUGAAGACACUAUCUUGAUAUAAUGGAUGAUAAAUCCAGUAAGCUCAUCUUGGUUCCUAUUUUAGCUGUCCUUUUUGUUAUGAUAGGUUACCAGUAUAUAUGUCCCGCUGGAAGCAAUUCGUGCCACUUUAAGACUGGGGAGAAAUUAAGAGGGGUAAGCCUACUUUCCACUCCGUAUCAGGACAGCGAUGAUUUUUACAGAGAUCAGGACCUGGAGGACGACAGCCCUCCAAAACUACCGUCCAAAUUCAACUUCACCGAGAGAGACCUCGAUAGACACGUGGAGUUCAACAUCAAAGGGGACGACGUGAUAGUGUUUCUGCACAUCCAGAAGACCGGAGGAACCACUUUUGGGAGGCACUUGGUGAGGAAUAUUCGCUUGGAGCAGCCGUGCGACUGUAAGCCAGGGCAGAAGAAAUGCACAUGUCACCGGCCAGGAAAGGAAGAAUCGUGGCUCUUCUCCCGGUUCUCUACUGGAUGGAGCUGCGGGCUGCACGCAGACUGGACCGAGCUGACGAACUGUGUACCUGGCAUUAUGGAUAAGAAGGAGGCCGAGAGGAAUAGAAGGAACUUCUACUACAUCACCAUGCUGCGCGACCCAGUCUCCCGCUACCUGAGCGAGUGGAAGCAUGUCCAGCGAGGAGCCACAUGGAAGACCGCCCUCCAUAUGUGUGAUGGACGCUCGCCCACCCAAGACGAGCUUCCCACCUGCUACAGUGGGGAUGACUGGUCUGGUGUCACCCUGACAGAGUUCAUGAACUGCCCGUCCAACCUUGCAAAUAACCGGCAGGUCCGCAUGCUGGCUGACCUGAGCCUGGUGGGCUGCUACAACCUGUCCUCUAUGAACGAGAGCCAGCGCAACCACAUCCUUUUGAGCAGCGCCAUGAGCAACUUAAAGAACAUGGCUUUCUAUGGCCUGACUGAAUUUCAGCGCAAAACGCAGUACCUGUUUGAGCGGACGUUCAGCCUGCGCUUCAUCGCCGCUUUCACGCAGAUCAACAGCACGCGAGCCGCCAAUGUGGACCUGAGCGAGCCCGUGCGCAGACGCAUCGAGGAGCUCAACUACUUGGACGUGCAGUUGUACGAGUACGCGAAGGACCUGUUCCUCCAGCGUUUCCAGUUCACCCGCCAGAAGGAGCACCAGGAAGUGCGUUUGAAGAGGCGCGAGGAGAGGCGUUGGCUGCGGGAGCAAAGAGAGCAGGGCAGGCCAUGGCCGCCCAAACACAGAGGAGGAGGAAAUAAAGGCGGGAGAGGGGGAGGAGGAGUGUUUGAGAAAGGGACUGACGGGGACUUCCCCACUACCACUGAGGACUACACGAGCCAAGUGGCCCGUUGGUGAGGCUAUGAUCCCAUAGCGAGAGAGGGCGAGAGAGAGAGAGAGCAGUUAGAACAUUUACUUGGACUCUGUCUCACACAUCCUAUGUCUCUCUCUCUUUGUCUCACCAUUAAUCUGUCUCCUGCAUCUGUUUCUCAGCUUCAGUGUGAUCCAAGUGCUCUGCUGUUUCUUUCUGAAAACUGCCAAGUCUGUGAGUCUCACAGCAGCUCUGCCUUGGAGUGCCCUUCGGUGUCUUAAAUCUUUAAAUGCUGUUUGUAUAUUUUUGUCAUUUAACUUUUUGCCUUGGUUAUUUAUCAUGUGUUGAAUAAGACAGUCGACUGAGGUGAAAGCAAAAAAAAACAACAAAAAAAAAACAACAAUCAAAAGAAGCUGCCAUAGACUGCAUAGCUUUUAAUUUUGACUUUCAUGCAAAAUUGAUGAAUGCCAUUGAAGUCAUUGUCUCUGUUGCGACUGGUAGAAAACAUAUUCCAUUUGAAAGAUGUAGUUGUAGAAGAGCUGACAGUUGCAUGUCACAUAACCACACUAUACUUACAAUUGGGAAGAGUGAUUUCCAAAAGAUAUACUGUAAAACCAAAGUGAAUAAAGAAGACAAUGUAUGGAUUUUUAUUUUUAUUCAAUGCCAAUGCAACCCUCUCUAAAGAUCACAUUGUAUGCAUGCAGUACCCAUGUUUUAAACCAAAUUACAGAAGACUGUCUCUAUAGUGCUUAAAUUUUGGUUACAGUGCAUUAUAUAUUAUUUUCUCAAGUGCAAUACCUUGCAGACUUUUAACACCUCUCUCUAAGACAAAAUAUUAUAUACACAAAAACCCAGUCACAGUCAGAAAUACCCUGCUAAAUAAAACAAGCCUUGGCCCUUACCUUUGUUUUUUUGGGGAAUAAGCACUUAAGUACUGUGAUGAGAAAAAAAGCAUAUUUUGUAAGUAAUUCAUUUUUGAAGUAGUGAGUUGCAGAGAUAAAAAAAAAAAAAAAAAAAAAGU